AGACGAGCACUCUGCCCGAGGCGGCAGAAAGGAAAAAAAAAAAACUGCGCUGUUGCAGUACGCAGUCCGUGUCGGACCGUUUCACGUCAACCCGCCGCUAGCGGGAUGAAGACGCUCAGGCUCAGCUCAUCUUCACCGGCGCACGUGCGCCGCUUGCCGCGCUCUUCCUCCAGGCUGAACAUUUUCUGCUUGGUCGUUUCCAUUUCCCGUCAGGAUGGUGGCACCGCAGGAGCCAAAGGUCUUCAAUGGAUGCCAAGAACGAGAAAACACCGCCGACAGUCCAGAAUGGUGCGCCUGUUGCCUGGAAGGACCACUCGCUCUACAAGUCUGGUCAUCGCCAUUACGCCCAUGCAACAAAGGACGGCACCGACGGAAGCAUCUCUUGUGCUCCUGCAACCCGAAGCUCAGGAUCGGGCCGCCGUGGUCUUUUCGUUUCGACGUCCGCCUGUCAAACUUCUGGAGCAACCCGGCGUUGUCUGUGGGCUUCUGCAGAUGGCAGCCCUCGCGUGCGUAUUGGCUCACUCCCCUUUCCUCCUCCUCCUUUGCCUCCUUCUGCGCACCAGCUGCGGGUGAAGAGGCGGCCUGCCAAGUGCCGGCGCCGACGCACAGUUCCCUUCUUCAUUUUUAGUGGACCAGCGGCCAGCUUGGGCCACAUGACAAGCCUGCAGCACCUGUCCCUUCUGACGUCGAUGCAGGUCUCGGACGCCGAUGCAUCUAAAUGUGUCUAUGGCUGCGUCGCCCGCUAAGCUCAGCUGAAGUGCCUGCACAUGCACUACAGACGCGACACCGGCGGCUUGGAGCAACGAGUCACAUGGUUGAAACGAUGCCAAGACGAAGUCCUCUUACGAGGCAGACCCUGCUUCGCGUGUUGCUCGACAGCGACGUUCAUCGGAGUCGUCAAGCCGUUCAAUCGCGACUGUGAGGCGUACCUGUAAGCCUAACUAAGGGAUACACCUGCUAUGAAAGUUUCCCUUAAUCCGAUUUUAAAGUAAUAAGUGUUGGAGCAUGAAAGGUCGGAGCAUUAUAGUUUAGAGUUUGAUGCUUCCGGAU